AAUUCCGUGGACAGAGGAGCCUGGCAAGCUACAGUCCAUAGGGUCGCAAAGAGUCCUGCACGAUUGAAAUGACACAGCACUGCACGCAUAUAAGUUUAAACACAGUUAUGCCUGAAUCGAGAAAUUACAGGUGUUCUGUUAUUUCUGCUUGUAGACAAUAGGACGAGGCGCUUGUCUGGUUUUGUGUUUGUACGCCCAGCCCUCGCAAGCUAGCUGUUUCAAGGUGAGAACCGGAGCUCACCUGCGCUGGCCUCGCCUCUCCGGGAUCGCGCCUUGGGGCGGGGCUUGGAGAGCUUCCCGGCCUGCGCAGGGGCUUCUGGGAGAUGUGGUCCAGCCGCCAGGCCUCCGCGCUCGCUUGAGCCCAGACCCCAUCGUCUGGGCCUUCUGGGUCGGCGGUGCGGGUGUAUCGGGCUCAUUGCGUGGAACGAAGGCUGGUGAAGGCCCUGUGGCGGCCUCCAUGCCCAAGACCUCCAGGCCUAGAGAGGAACAAAACAGCUACCUGAGCAUGAAGGCCGCAGGAGGCCCCCCACAUGCAGGAGUUCCAUCUUUCGUGGAGACAACACCUCCUGAAACUCCCUCUGGAUGUUCCAGGUGGAGCUUGGAGAGGCUGAAGAGAGAUUCCACCAGCAGAGCCACUGGGCUGCGGGGAUUCCCUUCCUAACAGGGCGGGCAGGAUGUGGGACCACGUUGAAGCUGGAAUGACCUCAGAGGCUAAGGAGAAAGCACUGCCUUCUGAAGACUCUGUCCUUCUUCAGGAAGAGGAGGAAAUGCCCAGAUUACAGGAGCUAGUGACAUUCAAGGAUGUGGCUGUCGACUUUACCGAGGAGGAGUGGGAGCAUCUGGACCCUUCUCAGAGGCACCUAUACCGAGAAGUGAUGUUGGAGAACUUUGGGAAUCUCAUCUCCUUGGCAGGGCAUCUGCUGUCUGAACCAGAAAUGAUUUUCCAUUUUGAACAAGAUGUUGUGUGGAUGGAAGAAACAAUACCAAGAGGCUCUUAUUCAGGAGAUGAGCCCUACCGAUGUAUGGAAUAUUCUGGAGUCUUCCACUCAGGAUCUGCUCUGAGAAGGCACAAGAAGGAGCACAUGGGAAAGAAACCUCACACGUGUGAGGAAUGUGGGAAGGACUUCAGCCGGAGCUCAAACUUGUCCAUCCAUCGGCGAGUGCACACAGGUGAGAAGCCCUACAGAUGCAGUGUGUGUGGGAAGGACUUCAGCCGCAGCUCCAACCUCUCCAUCCACCAGCGCAUCCACACAGGUGAGAAACCCUUCAGCUGCCGUGAGUGUGGAAAGGACUUCAGCCGCAGGGCAGCCCUGCAGAUCCACCAGAGUGUCCACACAGGAAGGAAGCCCCACGCCUGUGAGGUAUGUGACAGGCGCUUCACCUCACGCUCUGCACUGGCUCGACACCAGCAGGGCCAUGCAGGAGACAAGGCCUAUCUGUGCGACACAUGUGGCCGGGGCUUCAGCCAGAGAGCCAACCUCUACCUGCACCAGCGUGUUCACACGGGAGAGAGGCCAUUCCGGUGCGAGGCCUGUGGGAAAUGCUUCAGCUGGAGCAAGGACCUGGGUAUCCACCGGAGAGUCCACACGGGUGAGCGGCCCUACAGAUGUGCGGCUUGUGGCAGGGACUUCAGGCAUCACUCAGCCCUCAAGAGGCACCAGAGGGUGCACACAGGGGAGAAGCCCUACCCCUGUGCUAUAUGUGGGAAGGGCUUCAGUCAGAGAGUCCACCUGAAGAUGCACCAGAAGGUGCACUGACGGGAGAGGCUUCCAGGAUUGGGCUCUGCACGUGUAGGUGUCUUCCAUGGGCAGGGCCAAUGCCAGGGCAUAAGUGCUGAGGUGCACAGCAUGGAUCAGGCUUAAUGAUAUAUGGUUGUUAGUAUUUAUACUGAAAAGAAGGGGCUUCCCAGGUGGCUCAGUGGUAAAGAAUCUGCCUGUCAGUGCAGGAGACACAGAAGACUCGGGUUCAUUCCCUGGGUGGGGAAGAUCCCCGGAGUAGGCAAUGGCAACCCACUCCAGUAUUCUUGCCUAGACAAUCCUAUGGACAGAGGAGCCUGGCGGGCUACGACUCGCUAAAGUUGGACUCGACUGAGUGACUGAGCAUGCUCUCGUAUAUAAAAGAGGAUACAUCAGCAGCACUUAGAUAGACGGAGAAAUAUUGAAAGAACACUUCCAGCCCUCCCAGAAGAUCUUUGUGUGCUCCUUCCCACUCACUGCCCCACAAAGGGAAUCACUAACCUGACUUCUAAAACUAUAGAUUGAUUUUGCAAGUUCUAGAAUAUCAUAUAAUUGAAAGUAUACAAUAUGUAAUCUUUCAUAUAGGACUUGAUUCACUCAGUGUUUGCAUCCAUGUUGUUGCAUGUAUUUAGAAGUUCAUUUAUAUUAUUACCGAGUAGUAUUCCAUUAUAUGAAUGAACCAGAGUUUGUCUAUUCACUUAUUGAUGGACAUUUACAUUUGGACUAUUUAUAGGUUUUCCAGGUUUUGAUUGUUAUGAAUAAAGCUGCUGUGAGCAUUUGGGUACAUA